UCGCUGUACGUACUCUUCAUUGAUUGGCUGUGUUGCCGCUGGUGCUGAUGUGGUGUUCUGAAGCGGGCGAAGCGGCUCGUUGAUUCCGAUUCUUGUUUUCCACCGGACUGACUCUCUCGGCCAGAUCCAGAACCAUGCCUCACUAUCACACCUGGGAGGAGUUCGCACGCGCAGCAGAGAAGCUCUAUCUGACAGACCCCAUGAAGGUGAGAGUGGUUCUCAAGUACAGACACUGCGACGGAAACCUUUGCAUCAAAGUCACCGACAAUGCCGUGUGUUUACAGUACAAGACGGACCAGGCCCAGGACGUGAAGAAGAUCGAGAAGCUCCACGGGAAACUGAUGAGACUCAUGGUGUCCAAGGAGACGCACAGUGGCUCCAUGGAGACGGACUAAAAUGCUCCAGAGCAGAGGACACAACGGUUGUUAGAGCACAGGACCAUCACAGUGCCAUGUGGAGUCUGGGGGGCGGUCAGGCUGGUACAUAGAUGUUUUACCACCAGAGAUGUGAUAGAAAUAUACAUCAAAAUCUUUCUUUCUUUUUUUUAUGAGACUUUCAAUAAAAAUCACAUUACCCUGCUUUUCCUUAUCAGGCAUUGUGAUCACAUCCCUGAUGGUAUGACUAAAGAAGGGGAGUGUAGGCUGCUGGGAGAUGUGGGGGCGGGGGGGGUAGUGUGGGACAAAUCCUCAGCUGCAGUGUGAGCAGCUCUGGCUCCUUGAUUUCUGUAGAGGAGCUGCAUUUAAUUUCAGUUUUUUAAAGAGGACGGGCAUGGAGACAUUACAUGUCUUUUCUAUUCACAUCUAUGUAGCGAUGUUGGAUUCAGUUUCAGCACAGCGGUUGGUUCCUUUUUGUUUUUUCCUCCUGGACUCGUGCCACACAACUGGAGCAGGAGCUUCUGAUUGGCUGGCGACAGUGUGGAGGAACCCCACACACCUCCUAAUGCCAUUUUGUCAACUGAGAAUCAUUGUUACUUGUUCAAUAAACGUUUAUUUACCCCAGUACA